GCAUUCCAACAAUUCACCGGUAUUAGCAUUGUCAUGUAUUAUAGUCCAAUAAUAAUCCAAUUAGCUGGGUUCAAAUCAAACGACGCUGCAUUGUUCUUGUCCCUCAUUGUUUCUGGCUUGAAUGCCGGUGGCACAAUUCUUGGAAUCUAUCUUAUCGACGCUUCAGGCCGCAAAAAGCUUACUCUUGGUAGCUUAUCAGGUGUGGCUAUAGCCUUGACCAUCCUCUCUGUGGCAUGCUUUAUUAUAGGACAUGGCAAUGCUAGUCAAGUAUAUGUGUGGCUUGCAAUUGUGGGUUUGGCUUUGUAUAUCAUAUUCUUUGCCCCUGGUAUGGGUCCUGUGCCAUGGGCAGUGAACUCAGAGAUUUAUCCUGAAGAGUAUAGAGGAAUAUGUGGUGGCAUGUCUGCAACUGUGAAUUGGAUUUGUAGUGUUAUAAUGUCUAUUAGUUUUCUUUCAGUAGUUGAUGCCAUAGGACUUGGUGGGAGUUUCAUGAUUCUCUUGGGAGUCACUGUGGUUGCAAUUGUUUUUGUGAUCAUCUACAUGCCAGAGACAAAAGGAUUGACCUUUGAAGAAGUUUCAAACAUUUGGAAGGAAAAAGCCUACGGAAAAGACAAAAACGACAUAAGUUUAGUUGAGAAAACAAUUACAUGA